CGAGACAUGCACGCCAGCUUUCGCAGAGAGAGUGCGGUAGACACCGAGCUUGGUGGCAGGCUGAGGAGGAGACGUCCAGAAAGACAUUGGCAGUAAUGCAGAGUGGGAUGCGAGUAUGAAAAGCAAUCGCAGGAGAUGCCCCCCUCUUAUAUCGCGGGCCCUACCUCUCAGUCCGGAGUCUCGGAAGUGACGUCAAACGAUCAUCGAUACACAGAUGGAACAGAGAUUAUCCUCGGCAACUGGCUUGCGCGUACAAGGACUCCGAGAGCCUUAUUAAUCCAGCUUCUUGUGAAUUCAGCUGAGUCACCCAAGGGCCAGGGAGCCCUCGAAGAGUGGUCGAAGGCGCUGCCGGAACCGGCUACAAGGCGCCUUCCGAAAGACGGCUAAGAACAAAGCCCAUGGGAUCUUGGCAAGCUGCUUGGGGGUUCGUCCACGUGCAAACACAGCACGUCUUCCUGAGCACCUGAGCUCCGGCACUGAUGAGGGUCGUGC